CACCCAAUCUGUCAACCCUUGAAAGGAAAAAAAAAACAAAAAAUGUCAUUUCUCAUCUCAUCCAAAUUCCAGCUAUGAACCGUAAUUUGCCCCAUUACAAGAUCCUCGUGCACGAGAACACCAUAAACAUCCUCACCAAAUACACCUUCCAACUGAGAAAUGGUCUCCAAGGGACUGCUCCCGUCCAGAAUAGAGAGGGACGUCGUCAUCCGGACCCUAUCCUGGAAACUUGGAGUUUACAACAGAAGGAUUUCGGGAAGAGUUUCCAAGAACCAGUGCAGAAAUUUUAGUAAGCAAUCAAAGGCACCACCCCCGGUACUGGUUGAAUGCAAACUACCUGACCCAAACGACUGUAAACCCCCCGAAGACGUGUCCCUAGGGAGAAAAAACAAACAACCGGAGACAAUCCCUUGUUAUCCCGAAUGUAGAAAAGGAACGGCUCAUUUACCUGUGAGAGGUUGUCUACCGUGGGAACGGGGUGUGGAAUUAUGCCCCGGAAAACAACCGGCAAGGAAACUGGAAAGUGAAACGUGCGAACAUUUAUGUGAGCCCUAUGCGGGUCAAGGGUUUAUAAACCGGUUUAGAGCGUCCAAAUGCGAACUGAGACGCUUCCAGAAAUGUUUGGCGAAAACUGGAGAUCCUGCCAAAUGUAUGGAUCUGGCACCCGUUUUGGGAUUAUCACGGAAAGUUUAUCCGAUGAUGCACGCGAUGCAGAAGAAGGGAAUACCCGGGGGGGCGGUCACCUUGUCACACUUUCCCCAUAUGUCAAAACCGAAAAGUGAUGAAGACGACUGUUGAAUUAUUCGUUUAUUUUUUGUGAAUUAAAAGUUGGAAUUUUU